AUGGGAGCAGUACGGUAUGGAGCAUAUCGAGCCACGAACACUGGGCGACGGUCGUGCCCUCUAGCAUUCUUCUGGUCUGCACCAUCUUAUUUAGAAUCAUCGAAACUCAAGCUAAUUACAUGUUGAGUUUGCUCAAAUGCCUUGGCUCGCGAUCUCCGCAUCCUUCGCUAUGACCACAGCUCUCUAGUUCACCAUACUCAUUACAUACCGUCUCACCACGUCCUCUCGGGAGAAAGGCAGUUCAGAGGACGUGCGAUUGUUGUACCAUCGCACUGUCGAGCUCUUCGUCGAAUCCGCCAUUCUCUACUUUGUCAGCUUGAUCUGUGUCAUGUUCAUCGCUCGUACUAGUUUAUCGCUCGCGCUCGCACUACUACCUCGAGCCAGUAGCCGAGAUUACAGGGGCUGUUGCUCCUACCCACGUCUUGGGUCGCAUCUUGAUGGACUUUUCACGUCCAUGCGAUUCUUGGAAAAGAAGUGUCCCGGCUACGAGGAAGAACCUCCUCACGCUCUGCCGAACCAAAUUCGCUCUGUCACGCGUACUGUCUUGUUCGUUGACAAAGUUCGUGCUCUGGCUUCAGCUCAAACUCCUGCUCUGGCUGAGAGUGCUGAGAAUGCGCCUGCGGUGUCGGCUGUAGCUGAGAAAUGCGGGUGA